ACUGCUAAGGUGUAGUGUAAGUUGUAAAGUCAUGUUACUUUGCAGUGGAAAGAGAAUGAUUAAUAAAAAUUACUAUUACUAUAGACUAUUAAUUUUAAAUAACUUGCUGUUUUAAAAAAUAAGUAAGUAGUUAUUAAACAUAUUACUUUGUAAACUGUCGUAACUCUAAGAAUUAAGAGUAAAUAAAGUAUUAUUUUAUCAUACCCAAGCACAAUCUAACCCAUGCCUUUACGCCACGCUUUUUAAUUUUUUUAGCCAUCAAUCAUCAACGAUGGGGCGGAUGGCAUCAUUCAUAGACUUAGUAACUUAGACUUAGACAUUAACAUUUACAUAGUCAUAGAUCAGGUGGAUAAAAAAUUUCACAGAGUAUAAAAUAGCAUUAAAAUAGCCAGUAUGAUCCCCCACUCAGUCUACAGUCUACUUUCAAUAAAUAUAUUAUAUAUAAAUAUAAUGGUGUCUAGCGGGCUAAAGUAUUUGCAUGUGAAAAAUCAUGUUUUUCAAAGGCAAAGUCACCCAAAAAGCUCUAAAUUGCCUGCACAGUCAGUACAGAAACAUAACAUAAACAGUUCGUGGGUGAACUAAACUUUAACUUUUACUCUUAGUUUGUACUAUUAGAAGUUAUAUUAGUAAUUAGACAGUUGAACUUUACCUGAAAUUACCUAGCCUAACUUCUUUCUUUUUUAUUAGUAAGGCCUACAAUACAACUGCAUAAUUACAUUAUACAGCCACAUCAAAAUUGCCAUUUAGUUAGCUAAAUUUAAUAGGUACGGCCUUUGACAUUUGAAUUUAAGUUGUUGUUUUUUAGCAUAUAUAUGUGUGUUACUCAGGCUACUGUUUGAUUGAAUUAUUCCUACACAAAUAUGCAUCAAUGCCAACAUCUAUUUUAAAGACAUUUUCACUAAAUGUCAGCUUAAAAUCUAUUUUGCCAAUAAUCAUUUUGCCAAACAUAUAUUUUCACAAGGGUUAAUUAAAUCUGAACCUAUGCAAAAUGUCCACUGGCUGGGGGAGGGAUAUCCAUAAAUGUGUAUUGUGUACUUACAAUCACAAGAGUGAAUAAUUACAAUUAUAGACAUUGGCCCAUUACAAUUGUAAAAAAACAUAUAUAAAAAACAAGAAGAUUAUCUUGUACAAAGGGUUCAAGAUGCAACACAUUUUUUUUUCUUUGAGCCAGAGUAAUAUGUGGAUGACCUCAGACUUCAUUUAUGUAUUUUUAGUGUAUGUGAUUCAGAAACAUAAUUUUUCUACCAGUUACAUCUAUUUAAGUGGUUUAUUUUCUCAUUUAUUAUUAAGAGACCCUUGUUAACACUGCGUUUAUUUAAAUUUUUCUAAACAAUUUCAUAAUUAUUAACUGCAAAGUCUGCAAACUUCAACAGAUGCAAUAUCAGUUGUUAAAAUCUGUUUCACUUCUUUGGAAAAGGAGUGAGCAAUAUCUAAUAAAGAGUGACAGUGGUAAUAAAAACUUAAAAGUUAAUCAUCGUCUGAUUCCAAGACUAAGGUAUGACUCUUAAGUAUGCCUUCUUAUUCUAUCUUAAGGAUUUCUAUGACAUUUGGAGUUUUUUGAAUUGUUAAAACAAAAAUGAUAAUAAAAAUAAGCACAUUCCAUUAUCGUUUUAGUUUUAUUUUAUAUAUAGAAAUAUAAAAUAUAAUAAAUAUAUCUUUGAUUUCAAAAUGCACAAUUUGAUGUCUAAUUAUUGUUUCACAUCAAUUAUAACUACCUAUUUUCACUGAGCUCAGCAGCAACUUUUUUAUUUAACCCUCCUGAGGCGCCAGGGCCGAUCUAUUGGCCCUGAGUGUUAUGGCAACGAAGAGAUGAUCUAUCUGCCCAAUAAUAAAAAAUAAAGCCUCAAGAUUGGCUGGCUGGUCUUGUUACCUGCUAAUCGGAUUGCUUCUCGCAUUUCUUGCUCAUUUGACCAUUUUGAUGGUGGCUUCCCAUGAUAUAUUACUGUGUUCUGUCAUUUUAAAUCAAUUUCUUUUGUACCUAGUGACUCCUAUAAAAGCUUUAAAAACAUGUGGCCUUCCAAUAUGCCAAAAGGUAUAAGAAGUCCCAGGUUAAUAUUUUAUGCAUUUUUUCCUUAUGAUUCUCAUUCAAAUGUUUGUUAGGACUUAUCUAGGCUUUAAUAAUCAUAACAUUUAAAAAAAUUCUGCAAAUAAAUAAGACAUGUUAAUUAAAUCUGAACCUAUGCAAAAUGUCCACUGGCUGGGGGAGGGAUAUCCAUAAAUGUGUAUUGUGUACUUACAAUCACAAGAGUGAAUAAUUACAAUUAUAGACAUUGACCCAUUACAAUUGUAAAAAAACAUAUAAAAAACAAGAAGAUUAUCUUGUACAAAGGGUUCAAGAUGCAACACAUUUUUUUUUCUUUGAUUCUCAAUCAAAUGUUUGUUAGGACUUAUCUAGGCUUUAAUAAUCAUAACAUUUUUAAAAAUUCUGCAAAUAAGUAAGACAUGUUUAUUCUAAGUGUAAAAAAAUAAAGAAAAGCAUGCAUAAAUAAAUGCAAAUCAGGCCAUCUAUUUUGCAUAAAUAAAGAGAUUUCUGUUUGAUUCAUAAAGGCAGAAUUAGUUUAUUCAAUUACCUACAAUAAUAUAUAUAGUUUUAUAUUUGUAAAGUAAUUAGUUUAUUUUUAUACGUUCUUUUUCAAAGUAAGUUACUUUUUGUCACAGACAGUCCAAAAAGGCUCCGUCUCAAGAGGGUUCAAUAACUUAGAAAAUAAUUUUAAACUACAUUAGUUUAAAGAUCAUUGACGGAUAUUUAUGAAAAAAAGUUAAAAUCUAACUUCUUCCUUGAAAUGUUGAAUUCUUAAUAAAUUAUGUUACUUUUUCUUUUUUUUUAUAGAUACAUUUUACAGACUAUUUCUACAAAAAUGGAUUUGAAUUCCUCUGUAGUGCCACCUGUGGAAGUAAAAGGUUAGUAAAAGUAAAACAAAAGCAUAUUUCAGUUUACUUUAUAUUCUAUUAUUUCUUAACCCCCUCUUAUAGGAAGCUUAUUUAUAUAUAAACAACUUUUUUCUUCCCUUUCAGGAAUACUUAGAUUUGAAUCGAUUUUAAAAAAUUAUUUAUCGAUAAGCUAGUUAUAAUUAAUUGAAAUUUGCUUUAAGAACAAAACCGGGCUGUAUCUUUAAAAAUAUAUAAUUGGCUUCAAGUUGCUUCAACUUUUGUUCAACUGCCUUUUUUAUUUUUUAAAAUUUGUUUACACUUAUUACCAGGUUUACCUGGCUAAUAAUUGUAAAUUUUAAAAUAUUUGUGUUAAUUUUGUUCAAUCUUAAAUGAUCAAUUUACAGUCCUUUUCUUCACUUAGGAAUGACUGUCCUCAAUAAGGAGGCAUUUACAACCCUCGUUAAGAUACCUGGUGUUAAAGUCCCAAAGCAAGAUAUUGGUAAGUCUCAGAAGAUUUGGAAGUCACUCCUGUUCAAAGUGCGAGGUCUGAAACCAGUCUGUGAACUGGGGGACAAUGACCCUGAAAGAAAAACUCACAGCUUGAUUCUGUUGGAUCCUGAUAAAACUAAACUAGAUGCGUUAUCCCCAGAACAGCUGGAAACCUUAAAACAGUUUGGCUUGGAUGUCAACAACCCUGUGCUUUAUGAGGUAGAUACAUACCAUAGAUGACUUAUUUAUAAAUUCUUGUAAAUGAAUACAAUUGGCUAAGUUCUAACUGGUACUUUUUUUCUUUUUUAAGUUUUGCAUACAGGCAAUCGCCUGUCGGGCAACAACUACACUAUGCCACCAUACAGAAGGUUAUACUAUGAUCUUAAAUAAUAGUCAUGUGACAUUUAAAAAAGGCACAGGCUUUUUAAGGGUACAUUUACAUUAUUAUAUUGUUGUUAAUAACUAGUAUGUUAGGUGUGCCAAGUCCAAGGUAAUAAAAUGACUGAAUAAAUUAAACAGCUGUGUCCCUUACAGGUCAAACUGAAGUAUGAGAACUGGUCAACAGCAGACAUAAUGAGAGCAGUUCUCCCCAGUGACUUUGACAAUGUGACAUCAUUUACACAAAUUGGUCACAUUGCCCAUCUGAAUUUAAAGCCUGAGAGUCUACCUUACAAACAUUUAAUCGGUCAGUUGGUCUACUAAUUGAGCAAAUGUUUUGUACUAACCAAUGGUUAUUUACAGUUAUAGGAUUGAAUGCCCAAUUGUACUGUUCAUGAUGCUUUAAAAACUAAGAUUGCAAAUCUAAUGUUGCUUACUAUGUCCCAAUAUUGUUUAUAACACCGCCAAUAUCAUGUAAUAUUUUACGACCAUAUUUUCCAAAACAAAGAAAAUUCACCACAUUAACCACCAACUCUCUGUGAUAAAUAUGUAUGUUCUUAUUAAUUAUGGUCAUUCACAGAAAUAAUUUCUCUCAUUUAUUUUGUGUCACAUACAUGAAACAGUCUUUUUAAUUUUAUAAUGUUAAUCAUUCAUUCAGUCCUUCUGUGCCGAAUGGUGCUUUAAACAACUGCCAAGUAAUGUUGGGUCCAUGUUGGAUUUCUAUUCUAUUGUCAUUAGGACUUAAUGUGUUAUCAGCAAUAACCAGAAGAAAAUUGUUUCUACUGUCUUAAGUUGUUUUGGCUUCUUUACAUUAAACAAUUUUUUUUUUUUUAAAUGUUGCAUGAUUAUUCCAGGUGAAGUUUUACUUGACAAAGCGCCUUCUGUGAAGACUGUAGUCAACAAGAUGGGUACCAUAGACAACACAUACAGAAAUUUUCAGAUGGAGCUUUUAGCAGGUCCUGAAAACUAUGUGACGCAAACUAAGGAACACAAUUGCACAUUUGAAUUGGAUUUUUCAAAAGUUUAUUGGAAUUCAAGACUUGGUAAAUAACUUACUAUAUAGUAUUUUACAAUUGUGGAAGGAUAAGUAGGGUAUUAGGCAAGCCAAAUUGUUUUUUUUCUCUCUGUAACCUAUUUGUAAUAAACUUGGCUAGUAAAAACUUGUUGCAUUUUUUUUCUGCAGCCACAGAACACCAAAGGCUUGUAGAAAUAAUACCCAAAAAAUCCAUAGUUUAUGAUGUGUUUGCUGGCAUAGGACCAUUUUCAGUGCCCCUUGGCAAGAGAAAAAAGUGCAAGGUUUUUGCUAACGAUUUAAAUCCACAUUCGUUUGAGUAUUUGAAGAGGAACAUUCAUUUAAAUAAGAUAGACACUGAUUGUGUUGAAGCUUUUAAUCUAGAUGGUAGAGACUUUAUUAGAACAAUAGUGAAGCAAGAUGUUCUGGACAGAGUGAAAAAAAUGCAUGAAAAGUUAGGUGGAAAAAACACAGCAAUAACAGACUCUGGUGAAAAAGUCCAAGAAGACAUUAGAGAAGGUCACAAUUCUUCAUUUGUCAUCAUGAAUCUUCCAGCCAUUGCUAUAGAAUUUUUAAGUGAGUUCAAUAGAAUUCUUGAAGAUUUGCCUCAGCAUUUGAGAAGAACUGAAAUACUUGAAGCUGUUUUGCCUGUGGUCUAUUGUUAUGCAUUUUCUCCCAAAACUGACUUUGAGACUGAGCUUAAGUCAAGAGCUGAAUUGUCCUUGGGACAUAGUUUGCCUAAAGACUAUUCCAUUAGAAUCGUCAGGAAUGUUGCUCCAAAUAAAGAGAUGGUGUGUCUUUCUUUUAAACUUUGGUCUGAUCUUGUCCUGGGCCUUUCAGCAAAUGAGAGUGGAGAAAACGUUAAAAGAAAUUCAUCUGCAACAGAUCUUGAGUUAGGUGAGAAAAUUUGGUUAAUAUGUAGAUAUUGAAAAGUAUAAAUAAAAAGUCCUUGCAACAUUAACUUAUUUAAAUACAAGACUUUGUUCCUGGCGUAUUGUUAUAUGAAACCUACCUUUCAUCUUUUUUGUGUAUGUCGGAAUAUGGUAGACAGCUUUUUUAAGACUCAUUUUAUUGCUUUUGCAAUUUUUGAUGAUCAACAUUUAUUUUUAAUUUCAAAGUUAACUUAUAAUGACUUUUUAAAAAAAAAAACUUUCAGGAACAGAACAAAAGAGUAAGAAGAUGAAACUAAUUGCUGAGUGACAGCGGGAAAACAAAACAACCAUUCAAUUUUUUUUUUAAACAAUAAAUAGUAAAGAAAUAUAACAAGU